AUGACCAACGGCCGGCGCCCAAAAGAACGUCGUCUGUUAAAGGGAGGACUCUCAUGGCUUCAAUGGCUUCCAUGGCCUCAGCCUGCCGCCUCCGCCUCACGAAGCUCAGGUGCGAAGCCGCCGUCCACAGUGGCGAACGGCCGGUAUCAGAUCGAGAAGAAGCUUGGGGCAGGCUGCUUUGGAGAGGUCUGGCAGGGCAGGGACAAGCAAACAAAUGAAAAGGUUGCUGUCAAGUUCGAGGACUCCUCCGGCCAUGCUCUGCAACUGGAGCACGAACAAGCAGUCUUGAAGCUCAUGGCUCAGCCGCGGAAACCCCAGGGCUUUGCCGAGCUCUUCUGGUGCGGCCAGGAGCAACGCUUCAUGUGCCUGGUCAUGGAGAUGCUUGGCAAGUCCCUCGAGGAUCGGCUUCAAGGCCUAGGGGGACAAGGAGGCGGCCCUCCACGCUUCAAUCCGCAGACUGCGGUGCUCGUAGCAGACCAAGUGCUGCGGCGCAUCGAGUACUUGCACUCCAAGGGCAUUGUCCAUCGCGACAUCAAGCCCGAGAAUUUCAUGUUUGGUAUCAAGAGUAGGGUGCACCACCUUUAUCUUAUCGAUUUCGGCCUCAGCAAAAAGUAUUUCGACCAGAAGCACGUAGCGCUUCGGACGCAGCUGAGCCUCACGGGGACAGCUAGGUAUGCGUCCAUCAACGCCCACAAGGGCGUUGAGCAAAGUAGGCGCGACGAUUUGGAGGCCAUCGGCCAUAUGCUGAUGUACUUCCUUCGAGGAUCCCUCCCUUGGUCUGGUCUGGAUGCCAAGACCCAAGAGGAGAAGUACAGGAAGAUCCGUGAGAAGAAGGAGUCGACUCCAUUAGAUGAGCUUUGUGCAGGCUUCCCGCCUGCCUUCAAGAUCUACCUGCAGACAGCCCGGUCUCUGGAGUUCAAGGAGCGGCCAGACUACGUUGCCCUUCGGAAGCUGUUUGCCGACGUCCGCGCCGAGAUCGGCCCCCAGGAGGACCACGGCUUCCAGUUUCUAGAGGGGCGAGAGUUAGGCACGCUAGAGCCUCUGGAGCAGAUGGAGCUGCGGCAGCCGGAUGACCAGGUCAGCGGUGCGGGACUAGGCCAGGAAACCGGGAUGUGCUCUGCUCUCUUCGCCGGUCCUGACCUGCUCCGAGCACGCCUUGACUUGAGCUGGCGGGACCGUGGCGGUUGCCGCCUUGUUAUGGAUUUUUCGGAGCUGGAGGUGCCUCCCUGCCCUCCAGCAAUCUCGCCGCUGCUGGCGGCUGCUUAUUUCGGCAAUGUGGAGGAUCUCAUGGAUGGCUUGAGGGACGGCGAGGACCUCGAAGCGCAGGAUCCGAAGGAUGGCUGCAGGCCGCUUCAUGCCGCGGUCCUCGCGGAGCAAGUUGAGGCAGCAAGCUACCUGCUGAGGCAGCGAGCUGAACUGGAGAGCAUCGGCCCGGACGGAUUGACGCCGCUGCUGCUCGCGUGCCGUUCGGAUGCUGGGAGGAUGGUGCGUUUGCUGCUUACGUGCUCAGCGGAUGCAGCAGCACUGGACGCCUCUGGUUGUAACGCAGCUGACAUCUGCGCCAAGCACUGCUCGUACAGAGCACAAAGGGCUUUGGCCGGGGAGCCGGAAACUCCAGAGAUGACGGACGAGGCAACCUCUCGGCAUAGGUAUGGAUGCGUGUGCCUUGCUGCUUGGGAUCAGGAGGGGCCGGCGCGGUCGCAGCCAAGAGGGCCAGGAGAGCCACAAGAGCCUCCACAAGAGCCCCAGGAGCCCUGGUUUGGUUCGGCUGUGCACCCAGCGCAGGCGGAGAGGGAUCCCCAGUAUGAGGCUUGGGAUGAAGAGCUCGAAAGGCAAGUUCAAGUGGCCCAUGCUGUGUGA